CACAACAACGCAGCAAUGUCGUUCGGCUUUGGAAAGCCCGCGGCGCCGGCAGCGACAUCCGUGCCCUCCUUCUCCAUCUCCGCGCCGAGCAACGGCUCGCCCGCGCCCGCGACCAGCGCCUUUGGCUCGUUCGGCGCCAAGCCAGCGGCUUCAGGCGGGCUGUUCGGCAGCACUCCCGCUGCCCCGGCCGCCGCCGCGCCGGCCGGCUCGUCGCUCUUCGGCUCGGCCAACGCCAACGCCGCCGCUGCUCCCGCGACGGGCGGCCUGUUUGGUGCGCCCAAGCCGGCGGCGACUGGAUUCGGCGGCUUCGGACAGCAGUCGACGGCCACGCCUGCGGCUCCUGCAGCCGGCGGCCUCUUUGGACAGCAGUCGACGACGGCGGCUGCGCCGGCGGCCACGGGCAGCCUGUUCUCGCGGAUGGGCAACCCGCCUGCCCAGCAGCCAGCGGCGACUGGCGGUCUGUUUGGCCAGCAGCAACAGCAGCAGCAGCCAGCAGCCGGUGGACUGUUUGGCCAGCAGCAGCAGCAACAGCAACAGCCUGCCGCCACUGGCGGCCUCUUUGGCCAGGCGUCGACGACCCAGCCCGCGACGGGCCUGUUUGGAGCGCCCAAGCCGGCAACAACAGGACUCUUUGGCGGCGCGUCGACAUCGCAGCCGGUCCAACAGGGAUCCAUGUUCGGUCAGCCUCAGGCGGCGCAGCAGCCUCCUGCUGGGCCAGCCAUCCCCAAGCUGACGAGGUUCGCCGACCUUCCGGAACAGUACCAGAAGGAGAUUGAGAGGAUAGAAAACUUCAUCAAUGACAGGAAGCAGAUCAGUGCUAGCAUCGCGACGGAGAACAUUGGCCGGGCGAUCUGGCAGACGUCGAGCGACGUCAAGGCCGCAAGUGAUGAAUCAGCAGCGAUCGCACAGGGCCUCCAGUCGCUCAAGCACUCGCUCGAGCAGCUCGCCACCAAGGUCUCCUCGGAAGCGCAGGACCUGCAGAAGCUCCUCGAGACGUGGGAGGCGGCCAAACCCGUCGACGCACGGUACUCUGAGAUCCGACCCCUCGCGCACCGCGACUUCCCGCAGGAGUACUUUUACCGCGUGGCGCAGAGCGAGCAGGAGCGCGUCACGAGAUACAAGCGCACGAUCACGAUGCUCACGCGCGCCGUCACCUCGCUUGCCAACGACCACGACAGCCUCAGCCCGCAGGUUGUCGCGCAGACCAUCCAGAACAACCAGCAGGCCAUCCUGUCGCUUGCUGGCCAGCUCGAGGGGCUGCAGCUCCGCAUGAACGACCUGCGGACCCAGUACACGGACAAGUACAUCGAGGUGACGGGCUCGAUGAGAAACCCGUUCGAGGUCGCGCGCGAGGAGAAGGGCGUGUCGCUGCUGCGCGCGUAGUUGUGGCCGUAGGGUAGUGCCCGCAUCAUACUGCUUAUACCCUUUGCAUAAUGUACAUCGAUGACAUGACGGUGGAGCUAGUUGAA